GCAGCAAAAGUUUCACAGAUGUGAAGAGAGUGCCCACCACAACUAUAAGCUCCACUUCAAAUUGCGGUGACUACGCGAUCCAAGAAAACGCUCAGCUGAGCCUUUUUUAUUCACAGAUUUCUUAUAAAUCGGAGUUUUCUUUUACCGUUUCGAAUAUUGUAUAAAUAGCGCACUACGACGGUUCAUUUUACACCUCAUUACAUCCAGAAUGGUGCAAAUUUUCGCGGCCACGUACUUCUCUGACCCAAAAAUCUGGGAAUCACAAAAAUUGUAACAUGUUGCUGAAAUUUUAAUAUUUUCUGACGACAAUUAGUUGAGUAUCUAUAAGAUUUCCGAAUUCUUCAAUGAAAGAAACGAUCCACCUAAAUUCCGAAAUAUUUGAUUCACUAGCUUCUAAUGAUAGAGGAAAAAAAUUCAGUAGCUGACUUGGUUGAUAAAAGCAGAUUUUGACAAGCUCUUACACGCUUAAACUCACUAUUACAAGUAUUAGCAGCAAUCAAUUACUAAUUUAGAGAUACACUAAUCACAUCUCAUAAUCUGCCGGUGAACUAUUUAUACUGCAGUGGUGAAAUCAGUUUGGAAUGUGUGUUAUGUUAUGAUGUGACGGUUCGAGAAGUGUCAAUCUGCCUUAUUUUUCUUUUCGAAGUUUCCAAGGAAUUCCACUACCAAAAAUGUUCUACAAUGUAAUUACCCUGGUAUUCGUAAUCCACUGUGCAUUUAUUAGUCUCGCAACGACUUGCAAAUGUUUCUCAACUGAUGACGAUCAUUACAAAUGUCAUUUUUCAACCAGAACACCGUACAGGUACAUUGCCAACUAUAAUGAUUCAAAAAUAAACUAUCCAGGAUGUACUGAGAAAAAAAUAUGGUUGAUGAUUCGUCAUGGAACACGUUUCCCUGGCAAAAAAGAUUCAUCCCAAAUGAUCGAGGAGCUUCCAAAGUUACGGCAGCUAAUAUUGGACCGUUAUGAAUGCAAUGAAUCUAAGAUUUCUGAACAGGCAUACCAUGAUCUUGCUAAAUGGAGACUUGACUUGAUCAAAGCUGAUACGAUGAAACUAACCGAGGAAGGCGAAAGGGAGUUAAUAGAUCUCGCUGAAAGGAUUCAAUCCCGAUUUCACACCCUAUUACCUGAAAUAUACAAUAAUAGCACCUACAAAUUAAAAUAUACUCACACACAACGAGCGGAGGAAAGCGCAAAGCAUUUUACGAUCGGCUUAUUCGGUCAGAGCGCGGCUCAAAAAGUUUGGUACCAUCCGGCUGAGCACAAUGAUAUUGUACUUCGAUCUUACAAAAAUUGUGAUCGUUGGAAGUCAGAAGUUAAACAUAAUCCAAAAUCUACCGAACAGAUGCGCAUGUUUAUAAACAGCAAUGUCUUCAACGAAACACUGGAUGAAAUGUCUCAAGUUCUUGGAUUUGUAGUUGAUUAUGACACGGCCUACCUAAUCUAUUUGACUUGCGGAUUUGAGACCGCAUGGAAAAAAGAUGCCAAUUCACCGUGGUGCCGGUUUCUCUCACUUAGCAACUUUCAGGUGAUAGAAUAUGCCAGGGAUUUGAGCUAUUUUUGGAAUGAUGGUUAUGGGUUUGAACUCAAUCACCGGCAAGCCUGCCCGGGCCUUCGCGAUGUUUUUCAAUUCUUUCAAGCGGAAUCAGAGCUGAAAGCCGCCAUUCAUUUUUCGCAUUCCGGCACUAUUUUGAAAUUGGCUUCUCUUUUGGGACUAGCCAAAGAUGCAACUAAAUUGCGGCAUGAUUCAUUUCAACUACACCAAAAUCAUCGAGCCUGGAGAGUCAGUCGCAUUGAUGCAUUCGCCUCGAAUAUAGGAUUCGUUUUAUACGAGUGCCAGCGAGAUGGUCCUAGUAUUCUGACCAUGCAUCAAGAACGAGUUGUGCAAAUUCCGGGAUGUCCUGAAAACGGACCUUGUCCAAUUUCUAUUUUUGAGAAAAUAUUCUCUCAGAGCAUAAACCACUGUGACUUCAAAAAGAUUUGUACUUUGUGAUUUAACCACUAUCAUAAUUUUAGGACCACUGACUUAUAACGUAAUUUAAAGAAUGAAGUAACUGAAUCUAAUACGAAUAGCCAUAGAUAAGGAUUUCAUUGCAAAAACGCAUAAACUACGCAUUCGCUGCGUACUAAAUUUUGUAUAUUUCUAUAGGUAUACAUCAGGUAUUUUAUAUUUGAAACUGGCUCAUUGUCAUCAUAAACGUCGUCACUCAUUUUUCAUUCGUUUCUCAAUAAAGUAGAUUUAUUAAGUAUAUAGAAUCACGUUCAGUAUUGAAGUGAAAGUUUUUUAUAACUAUAGUUACGAUUAGACGCAUUAGAAGAAGAGGAGACAUUGGUAGAAUGUUAAUGAA